AUGGACGUACGCACAAGAAUGGAGUGCGAAAACAAACGAAGCAUGGUCCUCAAGUUGACGAUAACGAAGUGUCACCAGCUGAGGAAAUAUCUUACGGUAGAGCCAUUCAUCUUCUGUUAUUUUCUUGGAUAUUCGGUGUUCUUUUCUGCAUCGUUCCCUGCUUUCUAUAACAAAGUCUGCAUGGAAACUUUAAAGUCUGCGUACAAGUGCAGCCAGUUGGACAGAGACUUGUCCGAGCAGAACACUGUCCAGACGGUGACCACAAACUGGCUAAUGUAUAUGCAGAUCGCGAGGUUCUUGCCUACCCUGGUAGGCAGCAUGUUCUUCGGCAGCUACGGUGACUGUUACGGCAGGAAAGUGCCCCUCUUGAUCGCAGAAGCCAGUUUCGUCCUCUACAUGGCCUUCUAUCUCGUGUUGGUCACUCUGCAGCGAUGUCCGGUCUACAGCUUGAUCAUCGUUUCGACCAUAUACUCAAUGACGGGCCAUCACGUCACCUUUCUGACGGCCAUUUUCUCUGAGAUAGCUGAUCACACGGAGGACAAACGCCAACUGACAGCUCGCUAUACGGUGUUGACUGCUUUCUGGACAUUGUCCGGUUUAAUCGGUGGUUAUGUAUCUUCUGGUUUGCUGAUGGUUCUCACCUACCAGUACGUGAUGGUGAUCGGAAUAUCGGUCGUUGCGCUUACCUUCAUCUGUAGUGUGCUAAGUUAUCCUAAUCAAGACCGAAAGUCGUAUAUGAAAUCUGAAGCCAGGUGUGGGGAGUUCUUCAAAAGUGGAAUGAGUCUGUAUGUGCUAGCGGUGAAGACCGCGUUGAAGAAACGUCCAAGCAACGGUCGUCUCUACUUGGCCCUCAUCUGCAUCAUAAGCAUUGUGUACGCUUCAGAAGACAGUGGCAUGGACAACUUGGCAUCGCUGUUUGCGUUUCACUCCCCUUUGUCUUGGGAUGCCCAUUUGCUCGCCACCUGGGGUGCAACCAACUCGGCAGCGGCUCUGGUCGGCAGCCUCAUUGCUGCGUAUAUCAACGAGAAACUGCGGCUCCAUAGUCUGACCAGCGUCAUGAUAGGUCUUGCAUCUGAGAGCCUGCGAAUGGCGAUGAUCGCCGGCUCAGUUCACACGUGGAUGAUGUUCCUGGUGCCAGUGCUUGGCUGUGCGUCGACGUUCGGAUUCUCGGCCAUCAAGGCGUACGUCGUUCAGCUCGGUUCAGCACAGGAAAGUGGAGAACUGCUCGCCUGCAUUACCUCGUUCAUGAACCUCUUCACUCUUUACUCGGCAAUCGUUUACAACAACAUGUACGUCGCCACGUUGUCCAUAUACCACGGAUUUGUAUUCGCAUUUGCAUCGGUCACCGUCUUCUUCUGCUUGCUGAUCGUUUGGGGCAUGAAGCUGGUUCAGGACAGAAACUUGCGCAAUUCGACAUCUCAUUCCAUCACGCCAUCCACGUGA